UAGCCCAAUCCACCGUCCCAUUCAGCCCAACCCACCGUCCGAAAUUCAACCCAACCCAACCCACCAUCCAAAUCGGCAAUUUCAGUUAGAAGCAGACGCUGAGCAGAGGAAGCUCCUAAGCCCUAAACCCUAGUCGACCAAACUCAGUCCUCUCUCCGAUGAAAUCGACGGCGGGAGGGGUCUCAAUCGUGUAUUCCUCUGCUGACUGGUCCUCCCAUGAAGCUCGUUUCUCCUCUCAUCUUCUCGCCGUCUUGCACCAACUCAGAGGUACGAUUUUGGAGUAUCAAAUACGCCUUUAGCUUGCGGAUUUUUUUUCGGCAAGCAAGCAGAAUGGCUUGCAUUUCCGCUAACAUUGGGACUUCAGUAAGAAUUUUUGAUAGUCACCGCCACAGUUCAUUGAGCCGUUUUGUGGGCAUUCAUUGCCGGUGUAUCUUCAGAAAUUCGUUGUCAGUUUUCUAUGGCGGUGCACUUCGUCCGAACUCUGUGUAUCAUCAUGGCACUCGGGAUGAUCCCCUCUUCAAUGGCUUUCGAUCCUUCUCUGCAGCCUUCAGCAGCAUUUCUUCUGAUAACGGCGUGGCAGAAGAAAGGGUGGUGGUGUUGGUUAUUGGCGGAGGGGGAAGAGAACAUGCUAUUUGUCAUGCCUUGAAGAGGUCUCCCUCUUGCAAUGCGAUCUUUUGUGCACCAGGAAAUGCUGGGAUUUCCAAUGCAGGGGAUGCUAUGUGCAUCUCAGAUCUUGACAUAUUAGAUAGCUCGGCUGUGAUUUCCUUCUGUCAAAAAUGGGGUGUGGGACUUGUUGUGGUUGGACCAGAAGCUCCUCUUGUUGCAGGUCUUGCAAACGACUUAGUUAAGUCUGGAAUUCCUACUUUUGGCCCUUCAUCUGAGGCUGCUGCUUUGGAAGGUUCCAAGACUUUCAUGAAGAAUUUGUGUGACAAGUAUGGAAUUCCCACUGCUAAGUAUCAAACUUUUACAGAUCCAUCUGCUGCAAAGAAGUAUAUAAAAUCCCAAGGUGCACCAAUUGUCAUCAAGGCAGAUGGAUUGGCUGCUGGAAAAGGAGUUAUUGUUGCCAUGACAUUGGACGAGGCUUAUGAAGCUGUCGACUCAAUGCUUGUAAAAGGUGUUUUCGGAUCUGCUGGUUGCCGUGUAGUUGUUGAGGAGUUUUUGGAGGGUGAGGAAGCUUCAUUCUUUGCUCUGGUGGAUGGAGAGAACGCCAUACCUUUAGAAUCUGCUCAGGACCAUAAACGAGUUGGGGACGGUGACACGGGGCCCAAUACUGGUGGAAUGGGAGCAUACUCUCCAGCACCGAUCUUAACAAAAGAACUCCAAUCUUUGGUAAUGGAAUCUAUAAUUCUUCCUACAGUAAAAGGCAUGUCAGAAGAGGGGUGCAAAUUUGUUGGGGUCCUGUAUGCUGGACUCAUGAUUGAAAAGAAAUCUGGAUUGCCUAAGCUAAUAGAGUACAAUGUGCGGUUUGGAGAUCCAGAGUGCCAGGUGUUAAUGGUCCGUUUGGAAUCUGAUUUGGCACGAGUUCUUCUAGCAGCUUGUCGGGGUGAACUCAGUGGUGUAUCUUUGAACUGGUCCUCAGGUUCUGCCAUGGUGGUAGUCAUGGCAAGCAAUGGCUACCCUGGGAGCUAUGAAAAGGGGACUGUGAUUAGAAAUCUUGAGGAAGCAGAACAAGUCCCAUCUGUUAAGGUAUUUCAUGCUGGAACUGCCCUUGACUCAGAUGGCAACUUCAUUGCUACUGGAGGACGUGUGCUUGGUGUCACAGCCAAGGGAAAAGACCUUGAAGAGGCAUGGGAGAGAGCUUACCAAGCAGUUGAGCAAAUAAAUUGGCAAGGUGGGUUCAACCGCGGAGAUAUUGGUUGGAGGGCACUUCCCCAUAAACGAUCUUCUGCGAAAUCAUGAAGUAUUGUUUGUGUCAUGUUUUUUUUUUUUUUUUUUGGGGUAUCGUCUAUUUAGGGAAUGAAAUGAAUCAAGGGCGAUGCCAUUUAAGAACCAAAGGUUUUGUAUCGGGAGGAAUAGAUGAAAUUUGGUUUGACGAAAAUGGAGAAACAAUUUUGUUGUGGCGCUGCAUAUCGUUGGAGGGCACUUCCCUGGAAAGGCAGAAAAAGUAUCCCACAAAAUCACGAAGUGUUUUCAUUUUUUAUCGUUUAGGGAGUGAAGCGAAUCUGGGCGUGUCCCAUUUGGAAGCCAAAGGUUGUGUAUCGGGAGGGAUACAUGAAAUUUUGUUGUUGAAUCUGGUUGGAAAUGGAGAAAUGUCUUCACUGCGAUA